AUGGAGGGUGAUGAUUUAUUUGAUGAGUUCGGAAAUCUAGUCGGAGCUGAUCCUUUUGAUUCUGAUGAAGAAGGAAGUGUGCUAGAUGAGGAAGAACAAUAUGAAACGGUUAUGUUUGACAACAGUGAUAGGGAAAGUGAAACUGGAAGCCAUCAACUAAUUACUGUGGCGGAUGAAAAGGAAGUCGGAACCACCGUGGAACAUCCUUACGGCAAAGACGUGGAAGUGCUAAUAGAAACCGAGAACACACAGUCAACGGAAACCCCUUUAGUAGAGCCAGUAGCACAACGAACAAAACUACAAGAACAUACAAUUUUUACACAAUUGAAAAAAAACAUUCCAAAAACCAAGUAUGAUCGAGAUUAUAUGCUAUCCAUUGCCGACAUCCCAGAAAGAAUAAGGAAUGUUGGUAUAAUCGGGCCUCUUCAUUCAGGCAAGACCUCUCUGGUGGAUCUCUUGGUGACUGAAUCACACAAACGGAUCCCAGAUAUGUCUAAAAACGUAGAACUCGGUUGGAAACCGUUGAAAUAUAUGGACAAUUUAAAACAGGAGAUAGAUCGAGGUAUCUCUCUCAAAGUUAAUGGAUCCACUUUACUUUGUACUGAUCUGGAAUCUAAGUCCAGCAUGAUAAAUUUCUUAGACGCCCCAGGGCAUGUUAAUUUCAUGGAUGAAACGGCUGUUACUCUUGCUGCGAGCGACAUAGCUUUAAUUGUAAUAGAUGUUGUCGAAGGUGUAACUUCUGUUGUAGAACAGUUGAUCAAACAGAGUAUCAGAAAUAAACUAGGUAUGUGCUUUGUUAUAAACAAGCUUGAUAGGCUGAUUUUAGAUCUAAAACUACCGCCAAUGGACGCAUAUUUGAAAUUAAGUCAUAUAAUCAGAGACAUCAAUUCGUUUACCAAGGGAAAGGUGUUUUCACCGACAUCCAAUGAUAUCAUUUUUGCAUCAACAAAGCUAGGUUUUACAUUCACUGUUAAGGAAUUCGUAAACUAUUAUUAUUCCUCUUCGAUCUCUUCUUCUAAGAUAAAUGAAUUUACUGCACGGUUGUGGGGUGAGAUUUACUUUCAUAAAGGCAAAUUCCAAAUGAAACCAUUCGAAAAUAUUGGAAAGUACCCAACUUUUGUUGAGUUUAUUCUUAAUCCACUCUAUAAACUAUUCUCCUAUGCUCUCGCUAUGGAGAAAGAUAAAUUGAAGACUUUGUUAAAAACUAACUUUAAAGUUACUUUAACACAAGAAGCUCUUAAGUAUGACCCACAGCCAUUUUUAAAGCACGUUCUGCAGUUAAUAUUCAGAGAUCAGACCGGUCUCGUGGAUUCGAUCACGAAUUGUUAUGACCCUCUAAGCUUAAUAGAAAAUAAAAUAUGUCAUCUCUCAGGUCCUCGUGAAGAUAUCUCAGAAAAAGUUUUUUGGGCUCAUGUUUUGAAAACUUUGGAUUAUGGUGGAGCAGAAUGGUCUCUCGUACGCGUUUAUUCGGGCCAUUUGAAGAGAGGGGACCACAUACGUGUUUUAGAUUCUUUGCAAUCCGAAUCCCGCCAAAAGAGGCAAUUGCAUGGAAGUUUUGCUAUGGAAACCCACGACGAAGAAGAGGAAGAAGAAGAUGAAACGCCAAUUUGUGAAAUAGAAGAAAUCUGUUUACUAGGUGGUAGAUAUGUUUAUCCUGUCCACGAAGCAUCCAAAGGACAGAUAGUACUUGUAAAGGGUAUUUCCGAUGCAUACAUCAAAUCAGCUACUUUGUAUUCUGUCAAUAAUAAAAGAGAGAUGAUGUCACUAAAUUAUUUUAAGCCUUUGGAUUAUAUAAUUCAACCAGUGUUCAAAAUCGUUCUUCAACCGUUAUUACCAAGGGAGCUCCCUAAGUUAUUGGACGCUCUAAGCAAAAUCUCAAAGUACUAUCCAGGUGCGAUUAUCAAAGUAGAGGAAUCCGGUGAACAUGUAAUACUGGGGAAUGGGGAAUUAUAUAUGGACUGCUUGCUGUAUGAUUUAAGAGCAAGGUAUGCAAAUAUAGAAAUCAAAAUUUCAGAUCCUUUAACUGUUUUUUCUGAAAGUUGCUCAAGUGAAUCAUUCGCUUCAAUCCCUGUGAAUAACUCUGUAUCACGUUCAAGUGAUAAAGACGUCCAGAGCAUAUCGAUUAGUGUCACAGCGGAACCAAUGGAUUCUAAAAUGAUUCAGGACUUGAGUAAGAACAGAUUAGGAAAAGGCCAAAACAGUUUGGAUGUUGACCAAAUUAUGGAUAAUCCCAAAAAACUGUCCAAGAUAUUGAGAACAGAGUAUAACUGGGAUUCUUUAGCAUCGAGGAACGUUUGGUCGUUCUAUAACGGGAAUGUGUUGAUUAAUGAUACCUUACCGGAUGAAGUAAGCCCUGAAUUACUAGCAAAGUAUAAGCAACAAAUAAUACAAGGCUUUUACUGGGCCGUGAAAGAAGGGCCGCUGGCAGAAGAGCCGAUCUAUGGUGUUCAGUAUAAAUUGUUAGGGAUUGCAGAGCCUUCUGGCAUAAGUGUUGAUGUAAUGAAAAGUCAAACAAUUCCGUUGAUGAAGAAGGCCUGUUACGUUGGUCUGUUGACAGCAACACCCACAUUAUUAGAGCCCAUUUACGAAGUUGACGUUAUGGUUCACGCUCCACUGUUACCAAUAGUUGAAGAACUGUUCAAGAAAAGACGCGGCAGUCGAUUAUACAAGAUAACGAAGCUUGUAGGAACACCGUUGUUGGAAAUUCGCGGACAAAUUCCUGUUAUCGAAUCAGCAGGGUUUGAAACCGAUUUAAGAAUAUCGACAAACGGUCUGGGGAUGUGCCAAUUGUACUUCUGGAAUAAGAUAUGGAGAAAAGUGCCCGGUGAUGUUUUGGAUAAAGAUGCCUUUAUUCCAAAAUUGAAGCCUGCACCAAUUAAUAGUUUAAGCCGUGAUUUUGUGAUGAAAACAAGAAGGAGGAAGGGUAUUUCUACAGGCGGGUUUAUGUCGAAUGAUGGCCCAACAUUAGAAAAAUAUAUAAGUACCGAGCUGUUUGUACAAUUGAGGGAAAAUGACUUGGUAUUGUAA